AUGGCGCAAGAUCUUCCCAUUACGUUUGGCGAAGUGCUUCACUUGAGCUCCUUGGGCGUGAAUCUGGACUAUGUGAAGUUCGGCACGACGACGAUGGAGUCGGACAAGUUUGUCUGCGUGUGCGAGCAGGUGAAUGGCCAGGCCAGUGUCGUGAUUGUCGACAUGGCAGCGGGCAACACGGUGCAGCGCCGGCCAAUCAAUGCCGAGGCAGCAAUCAUGAACCCCGUGAGCAAAGUCAUUGCUUUACGGGCCGAGAAUCAGCUGCAGAUCUUUAACAUGGAGCUCCGUGCUAAGAUGAAGAGCCACUUGAUGAACGAGGCAGUGGUCUUUUGGCGCUGGAUUUCGGUCAAUACGAUUGCCAUCGUCACUGCAUCUGCAGUUUUCCACUGGAGCAUCGAAGGCGACUCGUCUCCGGUCAAGAUCUUUGACCGUCAUGCCAACUUGGGGGCAGGGACCCAGAUUAUCAGCUAUGAGGCUUCAGCCGAUAAUCAGUGGAUGCUCCUCGUUGGAAUCUCGCAGGGAGACGGAGGCCGUAUUGUUGGCAACAUGCAGCUCUAUUCGAUGGAGAAAAAAGUGAGUCAAGUGCUGCUAGGACAUGCUGGAGCUUUUGCCCAGAUGAAGCCCCCUGGUCGGACUGAUGAUGCCCAGGUGCUGAUCUUUGCCGGUACCAAGGGCGAUGGCCAGCCCACGCAGCUAUUUAUCAUGGAGGUCGGACGGGACCGUGAUGCCCCUGGCGGCGUCUUUCGUCUUCCUCCCCAGCCGAUCCCUUUUGCUGCAGACGCGCAAGCUGAUUUCCCAGUGUCGAUGCUUGUGACCCCUGGCGAUGAUGUGGUUUACAUGAUCACAAAGAUGGGGUAUCUCUUCUUGUUUGACACGCACUCAGGCAAGCCCGUGUACCGUGCUCGUGUAUCCCAGGACACGACAUUUGUGACGUGCCUCGAGUCGAAGUCGAAGGGUAUGCUCGGCAUCACGCGGCGCGGGCAGUUGCUGCACUUUGCGAUCAACAAGACAAAGUUGGUACCGUACGUGGUAAACACGUUGCGCGACUCGCAGCUGGCUCUAUCGUUAGCAACGCGCCUAAAUCUACCGGGUGCUGAAGAGCUAUAUUUCACGGAGUUCAAUCGUCUUGUCAGCGUCAAUGAUAUUCAGGGUGCAGCCCGCCUCGCAGCCGCCUCUCCUCAGGGGGCUCUUCGCACGCCCCAGACGAUCCAGCGCUUUCAGCAGAUGCCUGCUCAGCCCGGUCAGCCUCAGCCUAUCUUGCAGUACUUCAGCGUUCUGCUCGAGAAGGGCACAUUGAAUAAGAUGGAGUCCAUUGAGCUAGCCCGCCCUGUGCUGAUGCAGGGUCGCGGUCAGCUGCUGCAGAAGUGGCUGUCUGAGGACAAGCUCGAGUGUUCUGAAGAGCUCGGCGACCUUGUUGCUCAGUCUGACACCACGAUGGCUCUUUCUGUGUAUUUGCGCGCAGAAGUCCCUGAGAAGGUGAUCAACUGCUUUGUCCAGCGUGGCGACUUCGACAAGAUCGUCGCAUACGCCGUACAGACCAAUUUCCGUUGUGACUACACAUUUAUGCUUCAGAACCUGGUUCGUGCUAACCCUCAGGGGGCUCUGGACUUUGCGCAGAAGCUGGCUGUUGCGGAGAACGGUCCGCUAGUAGACGUCAACGCUGUUGUCGACAUCUUCAUGCAGGUAAACCGUAUCCAGGAGACAACCGCAUUUUUGCUGGAGGCUCUGAAGAACAACCGUCCUGAAGAGGGAUACUUGCAGACGCGUCUGCUGGAAAUCAAUUUGUUGGGCGGUUCGCCGCAGGUGGCUGAUGCCAUUCUGUCGAACAACAUGUUCACGCACUACGACAGGCCGCGCAUUGCCGCCCUUUGCGAAAAGGCUGGCUUGUUUCAGCGUGCUCUGGAGCACUACACGGAGUUGGCAGACCUUAAGCGCGUAAUUGUGAACACGCAGGCGAUCAAUCACGAGUUUAUUGUGACGUUCUUUGGCACACUGACGAGUGAAAUAUCGAUGGAGCUGAUCAAUGCCCUGAUGGCACACAAUAUGCGCCAAAACCUGCAGAUUGUUGUACAGGUGGCCACCAAGUAUGCUGAGCAACUGGGUGGCAAAGAGCUUGUGGAGGUUUUCGAGAAGUUUAAAUCGUUUGAUGGACUCUACUUCUUCCUGGGUUCAAUCGUGAACUUCUCGCAGGAUCCUGACUUGCACUUUAAGUACAUUGAAGCUGCCACAAAAAUGGGUCAAUUUAAGGAGGUAGAGCGCGUUUGUCGCGACUCUUCUGUGUACGACCCUGUCAAGGUGAAAGAGUUCCUGAAGGAGUCCAAGCUGCAGGACCCGCGUCCACUUAUCCAUGUGUGCGACCGAUACGAUUUUGUGGAAGAGCUGACGCAAUACCUGUACUCAAACAACUUGAUGAAAUACAUCGACGUGUAUGUGACGAAGGUGAGCCCACAGAAAGCACCGAUUGUCAUUGGCAAGCUGCUGGAUCUAGACUGCAAUGAAGACUACAUCAAGAACCUGCUGAACCAAAUUGCUCAGUGCCCUGUCGACGACCUGUGUGAGCAAGUGGAAAAGCGCAAUCGCUUGCGUCUGUUGCAACCGUGGCUUGAGACACGUGUUGCCCAGGGCAACACGGAGACUGCAACUCACAACGCUAUUGGCAAGAUAUACAUUACACUGAACAAGGAUCCACAACAGUUCUUGAUCAACAAUCAGUUCUACGACUCGGAUGUUGUUGGCAAGUUUUGUGAGAAAUUGGACCCGGCACUGGCUUACUUGGCAUACCGUCGCGCCGGUGGGACAUGCGAUGACGACCUUGUUCGCGUGACGACGGAAAAUGGUCUGUUCAAGGAUCUAGCCCGCUACUUGGUUGAACGUCAAGAUCUGGACCUGUGGGGUAAGGUGCUCGUCAAACAGGAAGAAGGUGAGCCAGAGUCUCCUAGCUGUCGUGCUUUGAUCGACCAAGUGGUGCAGACAGCGCUUCCGGAGACGACCAACCCAGACGAAGUGUCAACUACCGUGCGCGCUUUCAUGAACGCCGAACUACCAAAUGAGCUGAUCGAACUACUCGAGCGCAUUGUCCUGCAGGGUACUGAUUUCUCGACCAACAAAAACUUGCAGAACCUAUUGAUUCUGACAGCUAUCAAGGCUGGCAAGGAGAAGGUUAUGGACUAUGUUAAUCGCUUGGACAACUUUGACGGCCCGGAGAUCGCUCGUAUCGCUGUGGGUGAGCAGUACCAGCUCUACGAGGAGGGUUUUGUCAUUUACAAAAAGACGAACCACAAUGUAGAGGCUAUUGGUGUGCUGUUGGACUUUAUUAAGGACAACGAACGCGCCUACGAGUUUGCUGACCGCUGUAACGAAUCCGAGGUGUGGUCUCGCUUAGCCAAAGCUCAGUUGGGCCAAGGUGAAGUGCAUGACUCUCUGUCGGCUUUCAUCAAGGCAAACGACGCGAGCUCGUACGUUGACGUAAUUGCUGCCGCUGAGCGUAUCGACAAUUACAACGAGCUGAUUCCGUACCUGAAGAUGGCGCGCAAUACGGUAAAGGAGCAGUAUCUUGACACGUCACUGAUUUAUGCAUACGCGAAGACGGAGAAGUACUCAGACUUGGAAGAGUUCAUUUCUAGUCCUAACGUGGCGCAAAUUCAAAACAUUGGUGAGCGGUGCUACGAUGAAGGCAUGUAUACCGCUGCAAAGCUGUUGUUCCAGAACAUCAACAACAACGCAAAGCUCGCAAUAUGUUACGUGCGCCUCGGCAAGUUUCGUGAAGCCGUGGAUGCCGCUACCAAGGCGAACUCUGUGGGAACGUGGAAAGAGGUCAAUUACGCUUGUGUGGACGUGAACGAGUUCCGUCUUGCUGCUCUCUGUGGCUUGCACAUUGUUGUGCACCCGGACCACCUAGAGGAGCUUAUCCUGCACUACGAGAAGCGUGGCCACUCGACGGAGCUGCUAAAGCUGAUGGAGCAGGGUCUAGGCUUGGAAGGUGCGCAUGCCGGCAUCUUUACGGAGUUGGCUAUUCUGUACUCGAAGUACAUGCCAUCCAAACUUAUGGAGCAUAUUAAGAUAUUUCACUCGCGUAUGAAUGUGUCAAAGAUACUCCGUGCUUGCGAGAAGGGCUUGCACUGGGACCACGCCGUGUAUUUGUACAAGGAGGACGGUCAGUUUGACAAUGCUGUUCGCACCAUGGUUGACCAUCCGGUUGCAUUCUCCCACGACCUGUUCCUCGACUGCAUUCAGAAGGUUCGCAAUCAGGAGAUCCACUACAAGGCGAUCAACUUUUAUCUGGAGCAGCACCCGCUUGAGCUAACGCGUCUCUUGCAAGUGCUGACCCCGAACUUGGAUCACGCUCGAGUCGUGCACCAGCUUCGCAAGUCGAAUAACCUACCGUUGGUGAUGGAGUACUUGAAGGAUGUACAGAAAGAGAAUUUGUCGGCCGUCAAUGAGGCACUAAACGAGAUCCUGGUUGAGGAUGAAGAUUAUCAAGCCCUUCGCGAGUCUGUGGACUCGUACGAAAACUUCGACCAGAUAUCGCUGGCGCAAAAGCUGGAGAAGCAUGAGCUACUGGAGUUCCGCCGUAUCGCCGCUUAUCUAUACCGCAAGAACAAACGUUACCCACAAUCUGUAAAGCUGUCAAAGGCCGACAAAAUGUACAAGGACUGCAUUGACUGCGCUAGCGACUCAGACGACCCGGAGCUUGCUGAAGACAUUCUGCGUUUCUUCGUGUCUGUCCACGACAAAGAAUGCUUCUGCGCGACUCUGUUCACGUGCUACAAGCUGAUCAAGCCUGACGUUGCACUAGAGCUUGCGUGGCGCCACGGCUACACUGACUUCGUCAUGCCCUACAUGGUUCAGUUUGUGAAAAACCUAAACGACAAGGUAAAGGUUCUCGAUGAGCGCACGCAGACGCAGCAGGAGCCAGAGACGGACGCGCAGUCGCUUGACCCGGCUUACGGCAUGGGUGGUAUGCAGCCCAUGUUGGCCAUCGCGCCCACAGCUUACAACGACCCUUCGGCCCAAUACGGUAUGGGCAUGGCCCCCGGUAUGAACAUGGCAUUGGGAAUGCAGCCGAAUAUGGCCAUGACUGGGAUGCAGCAGAACCCAUACGCAAGCAGCCAGGGAAGCAUGGGCAGCAUGGGCAGCAAUCCCUACGGCACAAGUGGUUACCAGUAUUAA